AGCCUCCGACACCUCUCGAAUCGAGUGUCUGCAACCGUCUCCAUUGUCGUUGUCGUCGUCCUUCAUCCCUUUCCUGCUUCCUGCUCCCCAUCACGGCUCUUUUCUGUCGUGGGCCGGAACCCAGGACCAGUAGGAGGCGCGCAAGGCGUUUAUACCCGAGUCGACCCAUCGCCGUGCACGACCAAAGAGUGUGACGACCGGCCGAGGGCGACGGAAGGAAGCUCCCGUGUCUCUUUCGACCGAGUCUUCUGCUCAUCCGUCUCAAGAGUCGGUCCACUUCCUCUGGCUGCGUUAUUGCGGACUCAGAUCGCUCGUCUGCGACACGCUCUUGUUGUGGCAGGAUGGACUCGAAAACUGCGCACCCUGCGCGAGAUCUCCCGUCGUCAGCACCGUCGACUUCUGCGAACUCGGCAGCAGCAGCGGUAGCAGCACCGACGUUGAAUUUGGCCGGUUCUGUUGCUAAACCAGCCGAGCAGGAGAAGCCAGAGGCGAAGAGUAGCUUGAAGCACAUCCUUGCCGGAGAUCCAGUUGCUGGAGAAUCCUCGACACCCAAGGCACACAGUGGUGCGAGAUCUUCGACGUCAGCAACGACACCAGCACAUCCACAACCAGCCUCUUCCUCGACGUCCAAAGCACCUGCGACAACCACGACGACCACGACAACCCCCGUUCGCCAGUCGUUGCAACCGAAGCGUGCGGAAUUGGCAAUGGCGUCCACGCCCGGCUCCACUCCCGGCGACGCUGCACCACAUCCGCCCUCCAGCACUACCAAACCCAUGUAUACGGCCAACCCAACGACCACUCGCCGAAACGCAAACGGCAGCGUGUCGUCGGUGUACUCUGGCAACAAGAUCCGGCACCUCAAGAAGGAGGACGGCGUGCCGCUGUGGCGCAAAGACAUCCAAUAUGAUUUUUUGAAAUAUGUGUUUGAGGACGACAAGAAAGUUUUUCACAAGGCCAGCGACGGCACGGCCGGCCACACGUUUGCCGACAUCUAUCUGGAUGCCAUGGCAAAAAGCAGCAAGUGCAGCAAGAUCCUCAAGGACAAGCUGCUGACUGAGCGGCCGGCCGCGCUGAACAUGGCCAUGGUGUGUUUGUUGGUCAAUGUCGGCAGAAUGAACACAACAUUGAACUUCUUUCCUGAAAUGCGAGCUCAGCUGCGCACAUACCACUCCAUACCGUCGUUGCAGGCAAAACAAGAUCCCAAUGCCUACAAGCAGCUGCAAGACGCUCCAAGGCUGAAGUCGAUCCUUAAGGGCGCGACCGAGGACACGGAGCAACCCUCGACGCUCGAGGACAUUCGCGCAGCGCCCAUCCCACGCACCAACCCUGUCAACCUCAUCUUCGUCCUGUCCCAGUACGCACCCAAGAUCUCAGAGAUGCACUUCGAUGUGCCGAGGGACUUCUUCGAUCUUGUUAUGAAGCCUAAUUUGUCGAGUCGGAGUCGUGCGACGGCGUUCCUGUGGCUGAUGUGGUGGUACCUGGAAAGCGACUUCUCGACCAAGGAUGCACUAGCGAACCCGUACGGGCCCGGUAGGAGAAGUAGAGAGGGCGACGAGAGAGAGAUGCCGAUCAAAUGUCCACAGUUCGAGUAUCUGACGGAGGAACAGGAAGCUUUGGAGAACGUGGACUCUGAGGAGGAGAAGGAGUUCGGCGAGGCGAAGCGGAGGGAGAGAGAAAAUAUACUGAUGACGGACAUGGCACCGGUGGUUACGGGGCCGAAGAGGACGAGCAAGAAAGGCACCCUCAACAGUUCUGGCAUCGGUGUCUUCUCGAUGACUUCUGAAAAUGACGCGGCAAGCCCGGCCAGGGAUUACGGCUCACCGGCGCCAUCACAAGCCAGUCGCGCAUUCAAGAACCUACAUGGAAGCGCUGUUAAGGAAGAAGGCUAUGACAGCGAUCAAACGCGCUCGGCGAGUCCAACGGGCUCGUAUGCUACAAUGCACCACGCUUCGAAGACUUCAGCACCAGGCUUGCGCGUCAACGCUAUCCUAAACGAAGAUGCAACCACACCAUCGACUGGCGCCGCAAUUUCUUCACCUGCGCCCAAGGGCCCAGGCAGGGGAAACUGGGGCCACAGACGCAGAGCAGAAAACAUAGCCGCUGCAAACGCAGCCGCGGCAGCUCAACGACAACAAGAAGAAUCUACACCGGGCGGAGGCAGUUCCCUCGGCGCCCGCCCGCACGGAUAUUACAUUCCAUUGAACGGCCAGAUUGUCGAGCCCAAGCGCAGCCGGCCGCUUACCGUCCAUCAGCAGGCCGUAGAAAGGUACCGCAUGGAGAAUGUAAAUUAUAUUCUUGACCGUGGUCUGCGCGAGGCCCACGCAAAGGCUAAGAGACGACGGGCCAAGGACUCGGGAACUGUCGCGCGCGCGUGGAAGAGGUGCAGGGCCUUGCCAGACAUGUACGACUCGGAGGAAGAUGGCGCUACGGGUUUACAGACUGCACAGCAAGAGGCCAUGGCUGCGGCGCGCGCACUCGUCAUGAUGGCGAGCCUCAAGCCCUGUCAUUGGGAGAUCAAUGACUGGGGCGAGGAGGCAGCAAGCCUGGCGAGCGGGAUGAGACGAGUGAGGAGACGGACGGAACGCUGGGACAGUGGCACUCCCGUCGUGAGAAAGCGCGAUGCGCCCGGCGGCGAGGAUAUGCCGGUCAAAUCAAGGGAUGAGUACGAGGAGGAUAUCAUGGACGUGGAUGAGGCACUUGAAAGGAGCAGUUUGCCAGAGAGGGACGAGAUGGAGGAGGAGGAAAUGGAGGAGAUGGAAGGGGACGAGGGACUGGAGUACACGAAUGGCAACGGGCAUCGGAGGGUGAGUGUGGUUGGCUAAGGAUACGAACCAGAGGUCAAAAAUUUUGCUCUUGAUGCGAAGAUCAUGCUGUGUGUUGGAUUUCGCAUGGCCGUAGCAUCUACUUAUGGGGGCAUGACAUUACGGAAUAGAUAAAUAUACAUUCAUUGCGUCAAGGCGUUCUCAG